GCUCAGAUACCAGCAGCUACUGUCAAACAGAGAAAAGGAAACCGCUGGGCAAAUGGCUGACACAAGCUUCUAUUUAACCUCCAUCCAUCUCUUGGUAUCUUUGGCAAUAACAAUCAUUGUAACAUCUGUCAGCUCGGCACCCGUAUCACUUGCCUCCUCUGGUGAUGAAACUGCUAAUAACAUAUUCAGCUCUGCCUCUAGUCUGGCCAAAGUUAUAGCAGAGGAAGCUGCAGAAUUGUACAAAGAGUUUUGCAAUACCUCUAAUCUAUGUGGCAGCAGUAUGGAACGUAAUCUGAAAAUGGACCUAAAACUCCCAGAGAUCACAGACAGAUGUCUGAGCAAAGACUUCAAUAAGGAGCAAUGUCUACACAAGAUUCACGAAGAUCUGCUCAGGUUCCAAAAAUACUUUACAUUUUUGAAGAAAUCUUUGAAAAGUAAGAAAGAAAGAGUAGAGUCCAUAGAGCACAAGACCAAGACUCUGUCCGAAGCUGUGAAAAAGGUCAGUUUCAUUUAUCUCAAGUAUCAAAUGAGAGAUUUAAAUACAUUAAUUGCAAACAUAUUUAUGGAAAAUAAUCACCAUGAAGAGAAAGUUGACAACGCUGCAGUCACUUCAAUGGAGGGCUUAAAGUCCAAAGAUGCUUGGAAUGAAAAGCUCACUAUCUACCUCAUUCUGCAGUCAUUCAAAGACUACAUGAUCAAGACAACCCGAGCUAUACGAAACAGCCGCAGCUGA